GACCCGCUGAAAAGCGAACAUAACAUUAGCAGCGUGAAAGAGUUUCGUUUCUAAACCGACUGCAGCUUCUGAAGCAACAAUGACGGAGCAACAGCACGAAGAAAAACGCUACGAUCCCAGCGACACCACGCUAAAGUUUGUAACACGCCAGGACGACAUAACCCUGGAUGAUGACCCAGAGAUUCUUCGAGCCGAAAUGUCAUGUGGCCAUGCGGUCACUCCAGAGUCACUGACCGCGUGGUGUCGCAGUCUGCUCGACCAGGGUCAGUACAAGUUCACAUGCCCCGCAGUUGGCGAGACCACACAGAAGUGCGACGCGGAAUGGCCCUACGUUGAAGUGCGGAGGCUGGCUCUGCUGACACAAGAGGAGCAGAGCCAUUUUGAAGAGACGAUGGCCGUCCUUGCUGCAGCGGAGUACUGCGAACACAAAACGUGUCCUGGCUGUCAGUCGUUCGUCGAGAGAGCCGAUGUGACCAACCUCUGCACCGUGUGCACGAUCUGCAAGGCCGAGAAGGGUCGCACGUUUCAGUUCUGCUGGCAGUGUACGAGAGAGUGGAAGGGUCCGGGCCCUCGAUCUGACCGCUGUGACAACCCCGGUUGCAUCAAUCCUGACAUCGAAAAAUUGGCGAAGUGUCGUAAUAUAACACUUUCUGCUGUACAAAACGUGGUUUGUCCCUCAAUGAGAGCUUGCCCCACUUGUGGGAACCUUGUGGAGCACGACACGACAGGGUGUAAGAAUGUCAUAUGUAAUCGCUGCACGGUAGAAUUCUGCUUCGUCUGCCUGAAAGUGACUAAAGUAUGCUUGCAAACAAGCAGGCACUUCAUUGCCUGUUCAGAUGGUGUCGCGCCACGGCAGACCUCCAUUCCUUCCUGGAAAAGAAAGUAAAACCACUGGAGAAGCCAAACUAAAUGAUGCUUUUGGCGUACAUUCAUUAAAUGCAGUGUAACUUGCUUUGGAUAAAAGUUAAUCUACCAAAUGCAUGAUUGUAAACGCAUACAUGCCAUAGUAGAUUUUAAUGUUCUUUUGCUUGCGAAUCUAUAGAAACAUCACCUGUAAGGAUUUCUUACCAUGCGGUUUUAUUCUUUGUGUAGACUGACAUGCUCGACAAGUUAAAUAUUUGUUUGCUUACUUUUUUGCUUUGCUUAGUUUAAAGGUAUUUUGAUAUUGUAGAAAAAAGCUUGUUACAUUUUCUGACUUUCAAAGGGUGGCAUAAAUUGUUCUUUUACACAAUAAAAUCAGUUUGCUGAGA